AUGGUGGUGAAGAUUUUGUGCCACGAGUUACUGGUGCAGGUGUGUGACCUCCUGAGGCUGAAGGACUGUCACCUCUUCGGGCUCAGCGUCAUCCAGAACAAUGAGCACGUGUACAUGGACCUGGCCCAGAAACUCUACAAGUACUGCCCCAAGGAGUGGAAGAAGGAGGCCAGCAAGGUCAGCGACAAUGAGCACGUGUACAUGGACCUGGCCCAGAAACUCUACAAGUACUGCCCCAAGGAGUGGAAGAAGGAGGCCAGCAAGGUCAGCGAGCUUCGCACCGGGGGGAAAGUGCUGGGGUUGUCUCCCACGCCCCGGGCUGCAAGCGACCGGACCGCACGCUACUACUACUACUGGCACCUGCGGAAGCAAGUGCUGCACUCCCAGUGCGUGCUGCGCGAGGAAGCCUAUUUCCUCCUCACCGCCUUCGCCCUCCAAGCCGACCUGGGCGACUUCAAGCGCAACAAGCACUACGGGAAGUACUUCGAGCCCGAAGCCUAUUUCCCCGCCUGGGUGGUUGCGAAGAGGGGCAAAGACUACAUCCUGAAGCACGUCCCCAACAUGCACAAGGACCAGUUUGCCCUGACGGCCUCCGAAGCCCAUCUCAAGUACAUCAAGGAGGCCGUCCGGCUGGACGACGUGGCUGUGCACUACUACAGGUUGUACAAGGACAAAAGGGAGGUGGAAGCCUCCCUGACGCUGGGGCUGACGACGCGGGGCAUCCAGAUCUUCCAGAACUUGGACGAAGAAAAGCAGCUGCUCUACGACUUCCCCUGGACAAACGUGGGGAAACUGGUGUUCGUGGGUAAGAAGUUUGAGAUCCUGCCGGACGGGCUGCCCUCGGCCAGGAAGCUCAUCUACUACACGGGCUGCCCGCUGCGCUCCCGCCACCUCCUGCAGCUGCUCAGCAGCAGCCACCGCCUCUACAUGAACCUGCAGCCCGUCCUGCGCCAGGUCCGCAGGCUGGAGGAGAAUGAGGGUAGCCCCAUGCCCAGCCACGGCAGCUCCCACACCUCCGGGGUGGAGAGCGGUGGGAAGGACCGGCUGGAGGAGGACUCCCAAGAUGAUGAAAUCGAGAUGCUGGUGGAUGACCCCCGGGAGCUGGAGCAGGCUGGUGAGAUGGAGGUGAGCCCCGACAUGUGCGUCUACAUCACAGAGGACAUGCUGCUGUCGCGCAAGUACAACGGGCACUCAGGGCUUAUCGUGAAAGAGAUCAGCUCCUCCACCUCCAGCUCCUCGGAGACGGUGGUGAAGCUGCGGGGGCAGAGCACCGACUCCUUACCCCAGACAACGUGCAGGAAACCGAAGACGUCAACGGACCGGCACAGCCUGAGCCUGGAUGACAUUCGGCUCUACCAGAAGGACUUCUUGCAGUUGGCCAACCUCUGCCAGGACACGGCCCAGAGCUACACCUUCGGCUGCGCCCACGGGCUGGAGGAGGAAGGGCUCUACUGCAAUGGCUGCUUGGCCCAGCAGUGCGUCAACAUCCAGGAGACCUUCCCCGUCAAAAGAACCAGCAAAUACUUCUCCUUGGAUCUCACCCACGACGAAGUCCCCGAGUUCGUCGUCUGA